UCACUUCUUUCCCUGAUAAUAGCAUCAGGAACAGUGUUGCGUGCAGAUACCGAGCAGUGGGAGCCUACAACGUACCCUGAUCCAAGAACCAACGCGACACAGUGCAAUACAUUUGAUAAUUCUACUCUAUGCGAUCCUGAUCGUAUUCUCACGGACACUUGGCGGCAAACUAUCCACGACAACAUUGUGGCACAAACAAACAGGUUGCAGAACAUCGAUAUCAAAUACACGGAUAAUGCCUCGGCAGAAUGUCAUGAUGGAUCGUCGAAUGGAGCACGGAUAUUUGUGAUUUUGGCUCGCAGAAUAAACACGACCUCAAGCCAGAACAUCACCAGCAAUGAUCUGACAGCUUUUGGCCAUGGUUUACGAGAGGCAUUCGGUCUUGAUGCCGAACCAUGUAAAAAUUACGUUCUUGUUCUCGGCGUUGAGCUUGCGAAAGAAAUUUAUGUGUGGACUGGUUCCGACCUUGCGCUUCCUAAGGACCGCAUGGAGACCUCUCUCGAGCAGUACAAAAACUUAUUCUUGGAAAGAAAUUACAUGGAAGGCUUGAAUACAAUUAUUGAUGAAAUUGGCAAUGUUCUCGCUGAUCCAUUCAAGGUAAUGCACUUACUUUCGAUGGUUGAAUAA